GCACCCAUUGGUUGCGAAACGGAGCUGGGGGAAACGGGAAGCUAAAAAAAUCUUGUCAACUAAAGUGCACGUAAGCUGCUGCCUCACAUUUUUUCGUGUUGUACAAACCGGCGUUACGUUUAGAAAGCGGUUUGUAUCUGGUCGCAAAUAAGAGAGCAAAAUGGGGUGCUUCUUCUCGAAAAAAUCCAAAAGAAAGUCAUCGGAAAAGGAGGAUCGUACGCCAACGACAACGACUGUUGAAACUACGACGACAAGCAACGCGGUUCCCCUUGGCAACAACACCGACGAGGCUCCAAAGCAGUACAGCUGGGAUAAACGAGAAAAGGUUGAUCCCAAGGACUACAUGCUGACUGGCCUUAAAGAUGUCACAGUGGGUCGAUUACCUGGCAAACUGAACGGGCAACAAUUUGUCAUUCAGGAGUGUGAGAACUGCAACAUCUAUGUGUUUGACCACUCGGCGACUAUCACCAUCGAUGACUGUGUCAAUUGCCGCAUUGUUCUAGGACCUGUCAAGGGCAGUGUGUUUUUCAGGGACUGUAAAGACAUCAAGUGUGUGGUUGCCUGUCAGCAGUUUCGCACAAGGGACUGUAAAAAGCUGGAGGUGUUUUUGUGCUGUGCCACUCAGCCCAUCAUUGAGUCAUCUACGGGUAUGAAAUUUGGCUGCUUUCAGUACUUCUACCCAGACCUGGCCUUCCACUUUAAGGACGCCGGGCUCAGCAUAUUCAACAACAACUGGAGCAACAUACAUGACUUCACACCCGUGUCAGGGGAGAACAACUGGAGCUUGUUGCCAGAGACUGCAGCAGUUCUGGAUUUUGUUCCGGUCCCAGACCCAGAGUCUGAGUUCAAGUCAGUUCGAAUCUCCACUGACCCUGCACGCAGCAUUGUGCCUUUGACAAAAGGAGGGAGGCGUAAGGACAGCGAAGAGUCCUGCCUCUUUGUUUUCUUUGCUGGAGAGUACACAACUGCAAAUGCCCGCAAACUCAUUGAUGAGGCAAUUGCCAAAGGUUUUGUUCUCAUCCAGACGAAGGAAGUGUCAAUGCGACCUGAGGACGUGAAGAGAGUGUUUCAGAACAGUGCAGAGGAUCUUGUGGAGUGGAUCACCAAAGGUCCUGUAAUUGCCCUUGAGUUGAACGGCGAUGGAGUUGUGGAAGCUUGCAAGAACAUUGCCAAUGAAGUUUUCAGUGGGACCAAGGUUUUUGUCUCUGAUAACAAAAACACAUCCUCUCGAGACGUGGACAGCUUCUUCAACUUCGCUGACAUGCAAAUGGGCUUGUGAACGAUCAAAACAAACCAGUCCGAUUUCUUUGUGAACCUCCACCCUGCAGUUUAAGUUGAAUAUUGGCAGUGUUUCAUUAUUUGCUUCUGUUGUUCUAAAAAUUAGGCAAGAAUGGAGAAUGUUAAGGACUAUUUUUGAUAGAUCUUUUAUUACAACAAAUCAGUUCUGUCGUCCUGACUAAGAUUCAUGCCCUUGUCUUCUAAAAGAAAGAUUGAACCAUUUGCUGUAGACUACAUAACACCAGUUGGUUACUGAGAGUGCUGUGAAUAUUUAUAAUUCUAUGAAUGUAUUGGGGAAUUCUGUUCAUUUUAUGGAGUGUGAAUGUAGCUCCUCGCUGUAAGUGUUAUUCAUUUUAACUUUUGGUUCUGUUUUUUAUUUUUAUUGUCUGAAGCGGUCUUUGCAGUGGAAAAAAAAAUGAGCACAAGAAUGCCUGAGGAAAAAUAUUUUAUAUAUGAAGUCAUAUUUUUUAUUUCGUAUGAGAAUUUAUUUGUGUAUGUGAUGUAGAUGAUCAACUUUGUGUAUAUGUGAAAAUGUGUAGGCAAACACCUGUAUACAUCCUUAUUGGUAUCUGUUAGGCCAAAGUUUAAGUGUUGAUUUGUGUAUCUUGCUGUUCAUUAAGAUGUGUUCACACAAUGGGCAAAGGUGUAAACACUUCUGUAAUUGCUGGGUUUUUGAUGUAGGGUUAAGGUUUUUUAAUGUGAUAACUGUUUUUGUACACUCUACUGAAUGUUUUGUAGAAAAAUAUUGUUCAUCAUGAUACAGUUUUUUUUAAAAGAUUGUCACUAUAUGUUUGCAGAUUUUUCACUCUUAAAUGUUAAAAAAAAAUCUGAUUCUAGGCUAUUAGAAUGUGAUAAUGGAGGUUGACAAACUUGAGGCAGUGUAAGUAGUGACUCAAUAUUAAAUAGAAAAUGAAAUAAUCCGUCCCUCUGAGCUAGCAUAGCUUCUGUGUCCUCCUUUGAAGCUGUAAUUUACAGAAUUUCCUUAUAUCAUGUAUGACAAACUAUUCAAAAGGUUGUGAAGGGAAAUAUUAUGGUUCUCUUUUAACCUGAUCAACCAGAUUUUCUUUAAUAAAGUGAUCUUAUAGUUCAGUUUGGGCCAUUUUAAAACUUUCCAUCAAGCUGUAAAUGCUAACAUUCCUGCCUGACUGCUCUAAAGUACAGUUAACCAUGGGUUUUGCAUGUCUGAGUUCAGUAACAGUAUGCUGGCUUCCUCUCAUUACAGCUCAGUAAAUCAUAGUGCACAGCUUUCACUUCAGCUGUUUGACUUUCACCUCAUUUUCAUUGUGAACACUUUCAGCUGAUAAAGCCUGUGCAGCACAUUUAGUCAAAGCUAUGUUUAGCUGAAGCUUGUACAGUUGCCUUUAAAUAAAAAGCUACAUAGAGACUUGAUAUGGUGUACUUCUGUAUUUCUAAAUCUUUUGUACCUAACCAUACAGUUUUCAUAGAGCCGUGUGUCUUCAUAAUGGUCCAUUUGAUUGUAUUUACUGUCUACGUGUCUUUAAAAAAGUGCAGUCAAAUUAAAAGCCUGUAGAAUACAUGA